AUGUUUGUUGCUGUUCAUUGGUGUUCGAUGGGGUUUGUGCUGCUGUAUGGACCUGUGGAUCUCCAAAGUAGGUCGAUUGCAGUGGUCCUAGGGGGGACAAACACCACUUCAAGGGGUCCAGCAUGCCCCAAGGAGGAGUGGUCAGAUGGAAAUGUUGUGUUCGUCCUGCUGUACAGACCUGUGGAUGUCCAAAUUAGGCUGAUUGAGGUGGUCCUAGGGGGACAAACACCAUUUCAAGCGAUCCAGCAUGCUCCGAGGAGGAGUGGUCAGAUGGGAACAUUGGGUGUCCAAGUCAAUGUGGACAGGGGCUUCAGUUCUGGAUCAAUGUUCAUUGGUGUGGGUUGGUGUUUGUUGGUGUUUGUUGGUGUUCAUUGGUGUUCGAUGGGGUUCAUCCUGCUGUAUGGACCUGUGGAUGUCCAAAUUAGGUUGAUUGAGGUGGUCCAAGGGGGGAUGAACACUGCUUCAAGCGAUCCAGCAUGCUCUGAGGAGUGGUCAGAUGGGAACAUUGGUGAGUCAGGCAAAGAUGGGGCUUUGGUUCUGGAUCAAUGUUCAUUGGUGUUCGUUGACUUUGGUGGUCCUAGGGGGGACAAACACCACUUCAAGGGUCCAGCAUGCCAUGAUGGGGAGUGGUCAGACAGGAUCAUUGGUUGUAUUACAAGACAUGCAAUUGACAUAGGAGAGUCAGGCAAAGAUGGGUGUCCCAGUCAAUGUGGACAGGGGCUUUGGUUCUGGAACAGUGUUCUUCGGUCAAUUGCAAUUGAGCUAGGGGGGAUGAACACCAUGUCAAGCAGCCCAGCAUGCUCCAAGGGGGAGUGGUCAGAUGGGAACAUCAGAAUGUUAUAA